GCGGGGGAGGAGCGGGCUCGCGUGGCGCGGCCCCAGGGCCCUGGCGCUGAUUGGCCGGUGGCGCGGGCAGCAGCCGGGCAGGCACGCUCCUGGCCCGGGCCAAGCAGAUAAAGCGUGCCAAGGGGCACACGACUUGCUGCUCAGGAAAUCCCCGCGGUCUCACCUCAGCGCCGCGAGAGAGAGCGCGACAGAGGCCCGGGACCCAAUUCUCUCUUCUUUUCUCCUUUGGAGCUGUGGCAACUCCCAGGCGGGGGCGCCUGCAGCUCAGCUGAACUUGGCGACCAGAAGCCCGCUCAGCUCCCCACGGCCCAGCUGCUCAUCGCUCUCUAUUCUUUUGCGCCGGUAGAAAGGUAACAUUUGGAGGCAGCUGAGGGACGGGCAGGGGAAAGAGGGAUCCUCUGACCCGGCGGGGGCUGGGAGGAUGGCUCUUUUUGUUUUUUCCCACCUAGCCUUGGAAUCGCGGACUGCGCCCAGUGACAGACUCAAGCUUACCCUUCCCUCUGACCCCGCCGUAGGAUGACGCCUCAUCCCUCGGGUGCGUCCACUGUCCAAGUGACCGGUGAGACGGAGCGGUCCUUCCCCAGAGCCUUGGAUGACGAAGUGACCUGCCCCACGUCCGCUCCGCCCAGCCCCACUCGCACACGGGGGAACUGCGCGGAGGCGGAAGGGGGAAGCUGCCGAGCGGCGCCAAGGAAGCUCCGGGCACGGCGCGCGGGGCGCAGCCGGCCUAAGAGCGAGUUGGCACUAAGCAAGCAGCGACGGAGUCGGCGCAAGAAGGCCAACGACCGCGAGCGCAAUCGAAUGCACAACCUCAACUCGGCGCUGGACGCGCUGCGCGGUGUCCUGCCCACCUUCCCAGAUGACGCGAAGCUCACCAAGAUCGAAACGCUGCGCUUCGCCCACAACUACAUCUGGGCACUGACUCAAACCCUGCGCAUAGCGGACCACAGCUUCUACGCAUUGGAGUCGCCGGCGCCGCACUGCGGGGAGCUGGGCAGCCCAGAAGGCGGAUCCCCCGGGGACUGGGGGUCCCUCUACUCCCCAGUCUCCCAGGCUGGCAGCCUUAGCCCCGCCGCUUCGCUGGAGGAGCGCCCCGGCCUGCGGGGGGCCACCUCUUCCGCCUGCUUGCGCCCAAGCACUCUGGCUUUCUCAGAUUUUCUGUGAAGGGACCUGCCUGUCGCUGGGCUGUGGGUGCUAAGG